CAGAGACAUGACAGAGAGAUAAGCAAAUCAGCAAAGAUGGAGGCGUGACGGUAAGAAGACGGCAACGAAGAAAGCAAACAAGACACGAGAAAUCAAUCUGAAUUGUCGAAAGCUCUCACCUUUACGAUGGCCCUCGACGGAAACAACGGCGUUGUAUGGUUAAACGGCGUCGGAGAGAAGCAGAAUCAAGAAGAAGGUAGUGACUACUGGUUCAGUAACCAACAUGAUCUCGAAAGUCAUCAACAAGACUUCAGAUUCCUCACUUUCAAUACCAACGACAACCUUCUUCUUGAUCCCUCUUCCUCUCAAUCUUUCACCUUAGACAUGAUGUCUCACCCUUCUUACAAGUCUUGUCUCCUCAACAACAACACUUUUGAUAACAACAAUGCAUUUGAUCAGUUCGGUUCUGAUUCUUGUUUCCUCGGACAUAUCCAACAACCUCCUAUAGGGUUUGGUUCGUUGGGGAACCGGGAAAAUGACUUCUUGUCUCCUCCGCUGGAGUUAGAAGGUUUCGUGAAGGUUCUGAAGCCUUUAGAGGUGUUGGCAUCGUCUAAUGCACAGCCUACUCUGUUCCAGAAACGUGCAGCUUUGCGUCAGAGCUCAGGGAUGAUGAGGAAGCUUAGUGAUGAUGAGGUUUCCGAGUCUGAUGAGGUGAAUGAGAGUGGUAAAGUGUGUGAGAGUGUAGGAGGUAAAGGUAAGAAGAAAGGGAUGCCUGCUAAGAAUCUUAUGGCUGAGAGGAGGAGGAGGAAGAAGCUUAAUGAUAGGCUUUAUAUGCUUAGAUCAGUUGUCCCCAAGAUCAGUAAAAUGGAUAGAGCAUCAAUACUUGGAGAUGCAGUUGAUUAUCUAAAGGAACUUUUACAAAAGAUUAAUGAUCUUCACAAUGAGCUUGAGUCAACUCCAACUUCAUCAAGCUUUCAUCCGUUAACGCCAACGCCGCAGACUCUUUCUUGCCGUGUCAAGGAAGAGUUGUGUUCUUCUUCUUUGCCUACCCCUAAAGGGAAGCAAGCAAGAGUUGAGGUUAGAUUAAGGGAAGGAAGAGCAGUGAACAUUCAUAUGUUUUGUGGUCGUAGACCUGGUCUUUUGCUAGCUACCAUGAAGGCCUUGGAUAAUCUUGGAUUGGAUGUUCAGCAAGCUGUGAUUAGUUGUUUUAAUGGGUUUGCCUUGGAUGUUUUCCGUGCUGAGCAAUGCCAAGAAGGACAGGAGAUAUUGCCUGAUCAAAUCAAAGCAGAGCUUUUCGAUACAGCGGGGUAUGCUGGUGGUAUGAUUUGAUUUGAUUCAUGAGCAUCUGAUGGAGCUGAGCUAGAAGAACUAAGCCUUUAAAUCAGCAAUUUUCUUUUCUCCCUUUCUUCAAAUUAAGCAGUAAGCAUGUAUGCAAAUUAGAGUUGUUUAAUUUAACCUUUCGAGAACUUGUGGUUGUUAGAUACAUAGAUUACUUCAACCUUUUUUUAGCAAUGUUAACCUCAUUAUGUUUCAUCUCCUGAAAGCAAUGAUGGUUU